GGGUCUGUUGGGUGAUGGAGCUGUGCGCCUGUGUGGAGCGAGAGCUGGACAAAGUGCUGCACAAGUUCCUGAGCUACGGGCAGCACUGUGAGCAGAGCCUGGAGGAGCUGCUCUGUUACGUGAGCCAACUGCGCCAGGAGCUCGGCAGCGCAGCCCUGCAGGGGGCACCGCUCUCUGCCACGCUCUCUCUGGUGAUGGCCCAGUGCUGUCGGAAGAUCAAAGACACGGUGCAGAAACUGGCCUCGGACCAUAAAGAUAUUCACAGCAGUGUCUCCAGGGUGGGCAAAGCCAUCGAUAGGAACUUCGAUGCCGAGCUCUGCAGCGUGGUCUCGGAUUCGGUCUGGGAGUCGCGGGAGAAGCAGCAGCAGAUUCUGCAGAUGGCGAUUGUGGAGCACUUGUACCAGCAGGGCAUGCUGAGUGUGGCGGAGGAGCUGUCCCAGGAGUCCACCCUGAAUGUGGACUUGGACUUCAAGCAGCCGUUCUUGGAGCUGAACCGGAUCCUGGAAGCGCUGCACGAGCAGGACCUGCGUCCUGCUCUGGACUGGGCAAUCUCAAACAGGCAGCGUCUGCUGGAGCUGAACAGCUCCCUGGAAUUCAAGCUGUAUCGUCUCCACUUCAUCCGGCUCCUGGCUGGUGGCCCUGACAAGCAGCUGGAGGCCCUGAGCUAUGCUCGCCACUUCCAGCCCUUUGCCCGCCUGCACCAGCGAGAGAUCCAGGUCAUGAUGGGCAGCCUGGUGUACCUGCCCCUGGGCAUUGAGAACUCCCCGUACUGCCACCUGCUGGAUGCCCGGCACUGGACAGAGAUCUGCGAGACCUUCACCCGCGACGCCUGUGCCCUGCUGGGGCUCUCGGUGGAAUCCCCUCUCAGUGUCAGCUUCGCGUCUGGAUGUGUGGCGCUGCCCGUGCUGAUGAACAUCAAGGCGGUGAUUGAGCAGAGACAGUGCACGGGUGUCUGGAGCCACAAGGAUGAGCUGCCUAUUGAAAUUGAGCUGGGCAUGAAGUGCUGGUACCACUCAGUGUUCGCCUGCCCCAUCCUUCGCCAGCAGACGACUGACUCCAAUCCGCCUAUCAAACUCAUCUGCGGGCAUGUCAUCUCCCGGGACGCACUCAACAAGCUCAUCAAUGGGGGGAAGCUGAAGUGUCCCUACUGCCCCAUGGAGCAGAACCCGGCUGAUGGGAAGCGCAUCAUCUUCUGACGCUGGUGGGGUUGGAAGGGCUGUGGCAAUAGGUCACUGCUCUUCCCCUUAGAUGGCCUGUCCCACCCUCGCAGUGCGAGAGGCGGUGGUGCUGCCCACGGCAGGGCGUGGGCUGCCUGUUAGGCUGAGGGUCUGAGAGCAGCUCUGUCCACUGCAGCCCCAUUGGGGUCCCUUCCUUCUGCUGAACCUAGUGCAAGGUCCAGAGCAGUGGGACCUGAGACUGACCACCCUCUGAGAAUGGACAGAGCAGCAGUGUGAUGUGCUUGCUGCUGCUGUGAGCUCCGGGAGGCCGUGCUGCCUCAGUGUGUGCUCUCCUAGUGAUCUGGCUUAUGCUGCCCUGCUCACUCUGUCUGUCCGGAGUGCCGGGUAGCUGUCUGCUCAGUACUAGGCAGACCCCCUCCUGGCCUCGAGCGUGGCUACUGGAGCGUUCUGAGCCCUCUGCCGGGCAGUGGCCGUGCUGUACAGUCCCUUGUGCAUUUACUGAUAUUUUUGGCAUUGUAAAUAUUAAAGCGGGAGCUGCCUGGAGCCAUUUUAUAAAUUCCAGAAAAUAAAGCCUGUUAGCCUUUCC